AUGAGCGAUACUCAUAAUUAUCUUCCAUUUUGUCGUCCCUCGUUUUCUGAUAAUAUUAUAUCAGAUGAUCAUGGAAAAUAUGACCAUCAUUACUGGUCGCCCAUUCCAUCACUUACGAAAUCAUGUAUGAUGUGCAAACGAAAAAGUUUGUCACGAAGGUUAACUAUUCGAAGAGAAUCGCACAUCUCAGAAGAUAAUGCAGCACACAUCCAGAUAAGACAAGACUUAAAACCAAAAUUUGCUAAAUCUUGCCGUGGUCUGAUAUGUCUAUGGUGUUCAGAAGAGUGUCAUCGACAAUGCUGGCAAAGUGUCAACGACAAUAAUGAUGAUAACAAAUGUGAUUAUGGAAAGAAUAUCAUUGUUCGUCCACAGUGGUUACAUCGCGUAGCAAACUCUCCCGUAGGUUUUCAAGCACGAUUUCCAGAUAACAUCGAUCCGAGCAACUCAUCGUUAACCCCUUUAAUUGUCUUUAUAAACAAACUUUCAGGUGGUCAAAAAGGGGAGAUUAUCUAUAAUAAACUUAUACGUUUAUUAAAUCCACGUCAAGUUUUUCUUCUCGAAAACGAUGCAAGUGUAAUGCAAGCUUUGGAUAUAUAUUCAUCUCUUCGUAAUACUCGUAUUUUGCUUUGUGGUGGCGAUGGAACAGUCGGAUGGAUACUGAGCACUUUAGCAAAACGAUUUUCAUCACUUGAUAAUCCUCCAGUAGGUAUUUGUCCUAUGGGUACAGGGAACGAUUUAUCACGUGUAUUGGGCUGGGGUUGGUCUUACAAUAUGAAACGACUACUGACCACACUCUUACAUAUUUCUAAUGCUAAACCUAUUGCACUCGAUCGUUGGCAAGUUGAUUUUGAACCAUUAACAAGAAUUGAUCCUAUCGAAGAGACUGGAAGUAUUCGUCGAUGCUUAUCACAUAUUCUGGAUCAUCCAAAGUUCGUUCGUGAAAUUGAUCGACCAUCUUAUCAAAAUUAUCAAAAGCCUCUUAAUGUUCGAUUUACUAAUUAUAUUAGUUUUGGAUUAGACGCAGCUGUUGUGUUGGAUUUUCAUGAUAAACGAAUGCGUGAUCCAUCGAAAUUUACAUCACCAAUGAAAAAUAAACUUAUUUAUCUCAAUAUUAGUAGACAAUAUUUUAGAGAAUUUGCUUUAUGGAGAGCAUGGAAUUUAAGAUCAUAUAUGAGAAUUAUUUGUGAUGGUGAAGAUAUGACAAAUUCAUUACGUCAUUGUCAUACUGUUGUUCUGUUAAAUAUUCCAAGUUAUGGAUCGGGUACUCAUCCUUGGAGUAGAACAUACCAAAAUAGUAUAUCGCUAUCAAACAAUAUUCCAAAUCAAACCGAGAAAUUCAAUCAGAUCAAUUCGAAUAGAUUUCAAGAUAUAGAUCCACCAGAUUACAGCUAUGACCAAUGUAAAUCUGCGAGAGAAGAUAUAUCCAAUACCGUUGAAUCCUCUAGAGCGUCUGUUACUAACGAUCAGAUUGGAAGACAGAGUAUUGAUGAUCGCAAAAUUGAAGUUGUUGGAUUAGACUCGAUACAGAUGGCUUUGAUUCAUAUUGGUUUUCGAGGUCGUCGCAUUGCUCAAUGCAGUCAAGUACGACUUGAACUCAUUCGCUCAAUGCCUGUACAUAUGGACGGUGAUCCAUUCUAUCUUCCUCAAUUUACCGCCAUCAAUGUUACUCACGCAGGACAAGUUUUAGUUUUGACAAACGACAAUAAAUAG